GUGGGAACAACUCCACUUGAUCUAUAAUUCUUUAACAAGACAUCGGCUCGGUUGAAGACGAUCCCGAAGUGAUCUGCUCUGCGUAACCUGCACUCCUCCUCCCUGGCUCCCUGGUUCGACUGAGAUCUCUUUCGCGCGAACGUCAUCAAGUUUAGAUUCCGACGUGGAGACUGAGCUGGACAACCUUCCGACCAGCGACCUUGUUCAUUUCACAACAACUCAAAGCUAUCAAUCGACGAAGCGACAACACAACGAGUGUAUAAACGGGCCUUGUUCGACGUUCACUAGUAAACAUGAACAUCUUUAGAUUUCUAGGGGAUAUUUCCCACCUGGCUUCUAUCGCCAUCUUGAUCCUCAAGAUACAAAAGUCGAGAUCAUGCCGAGGCAUUUCAUUCAAGACGCAAGCCCUCUAUCUGACCGUCUUCCUCACCCGAUAUGUCGACCUGCUCACCGGGCCCUGGAUAUCCGCCUACAACACGAUCAUGAAGAUCUUCUUUAUCGGUAGUUCGGCCUACAUCUUGUGGUUGAUGAAGUUCAAGUUCCGACCAACCCACGACGCUUCGCUAGACACCUUCCGGUUGGACUACCUCAUCCCGCCCGUCGCCAUCCUAGCCCUGAUCUUCAACUACAAGUUCAUCCCCUCCGAGAUCUUGUGGUCCUUUUCCAUCUGGCUCGAGAGCGUGGCCAUCUUCCCCCAGCUGUUCAUGCUUUCCCGGACCGGAGAGGCCGAAACGAUCACUACGCAUUACCUCGCGGCGUUGGCGCUGUACCGGGGGCUGUACAUUCCCAACUGGAUCUAUCGAUACUUUACCGAGGGCGCCUACGAUCCCAUCGCCGUGGUAGCUGGGUUGAUUCAGACCGGUCUGUACGCCGACUUUGGUUACAUUUACGUGACCAAGGUGUUGCGCGGACAGAAGUUCGAGUUGCCCGCCUAGCCUGUGGGACCGUAAAGAUGUAUCAAAGACGGGCGAGCCGACCAUCCCGCCUGGUCUUUGUCCAUUGGGCAGCUGUCAGAGAAGACUGAGUUGCUGCUCGGUUGAUGAUAUAUAUGACGAAAUAGAAAUUGCAUGCUUGUUCGACAUGCGUGAUGUGUGAGAUUGAUCGAUGACGUGAGGGGCUC